GCCUGCUGAACCUCCCGAAGCCUCAGUCCCGUCGCGUCGCAGCGCGUCGCAGCACACCACCAUGCCCAAGGCCGAGCACAUCACGACGGCCAUCAGCGCCGCGGCCGUCGCCGUGUCCCUGGCGGUGCUCCUCAAGCAGCGGCGGCGCGACCGGCGCGGUAGCGACGCCGAGCCCCUCGAGGAGCCGGGCUCGCCGCGGCUGAGCAAGGCCGAGGCCCACGACGCGCGCCUCGACGAGCUCAACACGCUCGUGCUCGAGCGCGGCUCCGCGAACACGACGGACUACCGCGUCCACGUCCUGGACGCGCCGCGCGCCGCGGGCCGGUCCGGGUCGACGAAGGAGCUGAGCCUCUGGCACGACGUGCCCCUCGUCGCCGCGGACGGCGCGCCGGAGUCGAGCACGCCGACCUUCAACUUCGUCUGCGAGAUCCCCAAGUGCACGCGCAAGAAGUUCGAGGUCGCGACGAACGAGCACGUCACGCCGAUCAAGCAGGACACGAAGAAGGGCGUGCUCCGCGAGUUCAAGAAGGGCGACAUCUUCUUCAACUACGGCUGCUUCCCGCGGACCUGGGAGGACCCGCGCCACACGUCGCCGGACACGGGCUACCCGGGCGACAACGACCCGCUCGACGUCUGCGAGAUCGGCCUCCGCCAGGUCCGCACGGGCGAGAUCCGCGCCGUCAAGGUGCUGGGCGUGCUGGCCAUGAUCGACGACGACGAGACGGACUGGAAGGUCGUCGCCAUCGACGCCGAGGACCGCUGGGCGUCGGAGCUCAACGACGUCGACGACGUCGAGCGGCUCCUGCCGGGCACCGUCGGCCUCAUCCGCGAGUGGUUCCGGACCUACAAGAUCCCCGACGGCAAGCCGCCGAACAAGUUCGCCUUCGAGGAGCGGUGCCUGCCCGCGGCCUACGCGCUCAAGGUCAUCCACGAGACGCACGAGUCCUACCUCGAGCUCAUCAAGGAGGGCAAGGGCCACGAGGACCUCCACGUCCCGGGCACGGGCCACGAGCACCUCCGCCACCUCCGCCGCGACUCGUCCAUCACGAAGACGCUCUCCCAGGCGCCCGUCGCCUACGACGCGGCGCUGCCCGCGCGCGUGAGCGCGUGAGGCGCCCAGCCCCCCUCCCCUUUUCUAUCGCCCUCGUGUUUUAACAAAAUUCCGUC